CUAAACCAAAAGUCAAAGGUCAACCCCAGGUACGCGCCAUUUUGAAAUGUUGUAGUAAGGGCUUUUAUUCACUCUCUUCUUUGUUGGCUUGUCUGUUUUAUUGCGUUGGUUUGAUGGGACCCAGCCCUGCUGAGAUCUAAACGAAGAUGCCAGAGAUACACCUGCAGAAAGUUGUAUCUUUCAGUAGUGAAGACAAGACCCACACAGCAGAGAACCUGCUGAAGUCUGAGACCUACAGGAAAUGGAAAUCAGCAUCAGUCGGGGAGAAACAGGUCACUGCUAUCAUACAGUUUGAUGAACCAUCCCAGAUCCACUCUAUUGACAUUGGAAAUGAGAACUCAGCCUUUGUAGAGGUCCUGGUGGGGAGGGCUUCAGCACAGUCAGACCAAGACUACCAGGUCCUUCUAGUUGCCUCGUCCUUCAUGUCUCCAGGAGAGAGUAAGCAGGGUAACAACCCCCACAGGGUGCGCAUGUUUGGGAGUGAGAAGAUGUCCAGCUCUGUCAAAGACCAGAAGUGGGACCGAGUCAAGAUCGUGUGCACUCAGCCAUUCAACAAGAAUGUACAGUAUGGACUCUCCUUCAUCAAGUUCCACUCCCCUCCCUCCGGGUCACCGCAGGCCAAGAAAAACCCAACUCCGAAGAAGCUUGGAAAGUUUGCUUUGAAGGAUGAUGAUGAUGAUGAAGACAAGGUCACCAUUGGCAGCUUCUUCUCGAAAAAGGGGAAAACUGAGCAAAAACCACUGACAGGUGCAGCCGCUGUAAGAGCUGCCUCAUCUACAGCUGCUGUUGCCACAGCAACCACCCCUUCUCCCCGACCUGCAGCAAAAGUGACAUCGCCGUCAAGUCAGAGCACCAAGAGGAAGUUGUCUCAUGAUGACGACGAUGAUGAUGAUGAUAAACCUCCAUUGAGAAAACAUCAGUCAGCACCCAGCAAAGGCGCAUCUCCUCCCCCUAUGAAGAAAACAAAGUCUGAAACAUCUGUCAAACAACCCACCAAUAAAGCCACUCCUAGAAAAACGCCUCCCACAGCUCAGCAACAGAAGAGAAAGGCUGCAUCAAAACCCAUGAAGGAGGAGGAGGAAGAGGAGAGAGAUUUCGGCUCCCUGAUGGAGGAUGUGGUGUUUGUGUUGAGUGGAUAUGUUAACCCACAGAGAGCCAGUCUGAGAGACAAGGCUAUGGAGAUGGGUGCAGCGUACAAGCCUGACUGGGACCCGACAUGCACACAUCUGGUAUGUGCCUUUCCCAACACUCCUAAGUACCAACAGGUGCAGAGGAAGGGAGGGAAGAUUGUCAGCCACAAGUGGAUAGAACACUGCUACAAAAAGGGGGUUCUUCUGUCAUGGAAAAGGUUCAGGCUGGAUGAUGACUCCUCAUCAGAAGAGGAGGAAGAUGAACCUCCACCCAAGCCUAAACCCAAACCAAGAACCACUCCUGCCAAGCCUGCUGCUGCCGGGAGCUCCAAGGGAGCCAGCCCUUCAAAAACCACCACAACUGCUAAAGCAUCUCCAGCCAAGAACGCCUCUCCUGCUAAGGCCAUCAAGAAUGAUGAUGAUGAUUAUGGAGACAGCACAGAUGUGGACAGUGAUGCUGGGCCCUCAUCCACUAAGAAACAGAAAGUCCAGGAUUCCUCAGGAGAUGAUACAGAGGAUGAGAUCAGAAGGAUACAAGAAGGGAAUAAGAAAGUAAAGGUGGAAGAAGACCAAUAUGGAGGAUCCACUGAUGAAGAACCAGAGCACACAACACCCAAGAAUAGCCCAGCCAAAACUCCACAGAAACAGACCCAUGGGAAGGGCGAUGCUGAUGACAUGCCACUUCCGGACCUCCCUGACUUCUUCACUGGGAAGCACUUCUUCUUGUAUGGGGAUUUCCCUGCCUCUGAGAGAAGACUAGUGCUCAGAUACAUAACAGCCUUCAAUGGGAGUAUGGAAGACUACAUGUGUGACAAGGUGACCCAUGUCAUCACCAAUGAAGAGUGGGAUGACAACUUCGAUGAGGCUCUGUCUGACAACUCUGACUUGACGUUCGUCCGGCCCCAGUGGGUAUACAAGUGCAGCGAGAAGGGGAAGAUGGUUCCCCAUCAGCCAUACAUCGUUGUUCCAAAGGCCUGAUCCCAUUCAGCACAGUUUUAUAGAGCAAGUUUUAUAGAAAGAUCUUACAUAUGCAUGAAAUUGCCAUGUUUAGGUACCAUGAACUUGUUAGUCUGCAACAAUAACACAUAUAACUGUAUUGCUGUGUAGAAAACAUUGCUGUGAGGUAUUCUGCCACUCUUGUCUUGAUGACAUAGCUUUUACAUAGCUAAUACAUGUAAAAUGUUUUAGUCAUUCUGAUUUUAAGAUGAAAAAUCAACAUAAAAUACAAAUUAAACACCUUAGGUUUGGAUCUAGACCAGAAUGUUAAUAAAUGAAGAUCUAAUACUGUAAAUGCAGAAACUUUUGCGUUGGUUUAAUGUUCGCAGUUUUCACCACAAAUUAAAAACCACCGCGAGUAUUUUUCCAUGUAAGAGCUACAGUGUAUGGUGCUACCACGAACUUAAAACCACAGCGAAAAGUCCUUUUUCCUGCUACCGAGAAAUUAAAUCCCAGUGAAGUUAAAUGCAUUUACAGUAAGUGUUGUGCCGAGAUGUAGAUAUUUAAGUAUCUAACAAAAUGGUUUUCAUAUUUUAUUGAGAUAAACAAAAUGAUGUUACAAAGGAAAGAAGACAGCCCGAACCACAUAUUGCCACAUUCCCUG